UAUAUUGGAAUAAUCGAUCCAGCCAAAUCUACUCCACCAUAUGAGGAAUAUGUUUAUUGUUCCCCUAAUAGAUGGAUAGAAGCUAAGAAACAUCAGUUAAGACGACGGUUAAAUAAGGUGGUAUACAGAUCUAAUCCUGAUUUCUCAGGAAGGUUUUUGAUUGAAUUAUUAAGUAGUAUUAGCUAUUAUGAAAAGACCGCUUCUGCGUGA